UUAAAUCCUUCAUUUCCGGUUUUUCUCUGUGAAUUCUUUUAUUAUAUUUGUUUUUUCAAUCAAUUUAUUUACGUUUCCUCAAAGUGGUUUCCGUUCAGACAUGGAAAAAACCGGCCAGCGGUUUUCCCGACACCUGGAAAGCGAAAACUGGAAGCUCCGUUUUCUCGAGAAAUAAUUUUCUCAGGACACAAACAGUUGCUUUCUCUUUUAUUUUUUUUGCAAUUAGAGCUAUGAUUUAUUUUUUUGGAGGUCUUAGUUUUGUGCGAGUGAAAGUUGAGUAAACUUCCGCAUUACUGUUUGAGCUCAGCAAAUGUCUGAAGGCCUGUGGCCUAAUAGUUUCAAUUAGUCCGUCGAAAGUGCUUAUCGGAGCUUGAGAGUUGCUGUUAAAGAAUACAGAUGCUGGAAUGAGGAUCUAGCUUUGGCAAAAUUGGUUGCUAGGUUUAGUGAUUUUGAAUGCUUAUGAAUUUCUGCAUGGAAACAAGAGAAGGAUUAACUUCAGGGGUUACGGUGAUAGGAGCUGAAGCUCCAUCAACUUAUCAUGUGGCCCCAAGGACCGAAAAUCCUAGCCAGAUGGGCUUGACCGGAGCUGUGUCUCCGGUUAGUGUGGGAUUGGCGGGAGCUGUGUCUACAGUUAGUGUGGGUUUGACCGGAACAACAGAGAAGAAGAAGAGAGGUAGACCUAGGAAAUAUGGGCCGGAUGAUGCAGUAGCCAGGGCAUUGUCGCCAAUACCAAUUUCUUCUUCCGCUCCACCCGGUGAAGCUUUCUCUGGUGGAAAGCCGAGUAAAGUGUGGCCAGGUAGUUUUGAAAAAAAGAAGUACAAGAAAGUGGGAAUGGAGAAUUCAGGUGAUUGGGCUUCUACUUCAGUUGGUACAAAUUUUACUCCCCAUAUCAUCACUGUCAAUGCUGGAGAGGAUGUUACUAUGAAGGUUAUAUCAUUUUCCCAACAAGGACCUCGAGCUAUUUGUAUUUUGUCUGCUAACGGGGUAAUUUCGAAUGUUACUCUUCGCCAACCAGAUUCUUCGGGGGGUACUUUGACAUAUGAGGGCCGCUUUGAAAUACUUUCGUUGUCCGGUUCAUUUAUGCCUACUGAGAGUCAGGGAACAAGAAGCAGAUCAGGGGGGAUGAGUGUCUCAUUGGUGAGCCCUGAUGGUCGUGUUGUAGGAGGAGGUGUUGCUGGACUUCUAGUAGCUGCUAGUUCUGUUCAGGUGGUGGUAGGUAGUUUCCUACCUGGCAACCAGCAAGACACAAAACCAAAGAAGUUCAAGAUUGAUUCAAUACCAGCUACCCUUACAACUGUCCCCGCCAUAGCUGCUUCUCCUGUACCUGCAUCUAAUCCAGAAAGAGAGGAGAAUAUGUGUGGAAAUGGACAACAAAAUUCAUCUUUCUUCGGGAGAGAAAACUGGACUGCCAUGCAAGCAGUGCAAGACAUGAGAACAUCAGGAACUGAUAUCAACAUAUCUUUGCCAGAAGACUAAUUUCACAUGCCUUUGGGUCAGCAUGUCAAGGUCUCUAACCGACUGGAUUUGAUUGACAUUGGUAUUUCACACGGAGUUUUAUGUUGCUCAUCUAUCUAAAUUAUCUGCAAGUGAAUUGAAUCAAUUGCUUUAGCAUGAAGUAGAGGCUGGAUUGAGAUCGAAUUUUUAGGCUAAUUAAAGUAGGCUUCUUUUGGUUUGUGAUGGGUAGAGUUUUUGGAUGUGAACAAUCCUGGUUUGCCUUUUAUAGCUGCAUUUCUUAGUGACAGUUGAAUUCAAAA